AUGGAAGCUACACAGACAUACAAGUACACGGCUCUCAGCGGACCUCGAACCAUUCGGGUCUUGCGUCUCUCAGGAGGCAGUACGGACAAGGUAUUUGCUGAGCUCAUCGAAACAAAUCUUGACCAUUCUUGUCCCUACGAAGCAAUCUCUUAUGCCUGGGGCAAGGAUGCCAAGUCCCAUAUUCUCAAUUUACGGGGAGGGAGCCCCAUCAAGAUUACAGAAUCCCUAUAUCAUGCACUCAAAGAUAUACGAUAUUCUGCGAUCGAAGACGGGCCCCGAUACCUCUGGGCAGAUGGUGUUUGCAUAAACCAGGAAGACAUUGAUGAGCGAAACCAACAAGUGGGUUUGAUGGCUGAAAUAUACGGUUCAGCUCUCAAGGUCAUCACCUACGUCGGUCAAGAUACGUUGGACGUGAAGAAAGGAAUUAAAUUGGCCGAAACGCUUGUAUUGGCUCGCAAAGAGUCAGUGAAUAAAUCCAACGCCAAGCGUCAAAUUCCUGAUGAGACUGAUCCUGCUUGGCCGGCGUUACGUGACUUUCUUGGAAGAAAUUGGUACACACGAAUGUGGAUUAUCCAAGAUUUGAGCAACUUGUUGACACAUGGCGCGUACAAGGAAUAUAUUAGUAUUGUCCCAUUUUCCGAAAAGCAGAUUGGGGCAUUGGGCUGGAUGAAUGAGCUGAGGAAUUACCACCGAGAGCACCCAGAAGGAAUGCCUUUAUUACAGCUCCUGAAAGGUGGUCGGGAAUUCGAUUGCUCCAACCCUAAAGACCAUGUUUUCGCCGUUUCUUCCCUCAUGGAAGAGUCCUGUCGGAUCAAACCAGAUUACAAAAAAGACAUCAGCUGUGUGUAUUUCGAAGCGGCUGAGCAGAUCCGAAAAUCUUGUGGCCUGGAUAUACUGAGUUAUGCCGGCAUGUGGAAAAACCAGGAGGUUCCAUCUUGGGUGCCCGAUUGGAGUUUCCACCCCGAGCAAAUUCCCAUUUUGCAAUCUCGUUGGUUUAACGGCUUACUGUUUGGUGUCUUGAGACAUAUAUAUGUGCCUGCUGACUUAAAAAAUCGUCAACUACGCCUUUCAGGUUGCGUUUUCGAUCGGGUGGUUCAUGUUGGUGGCACUUUACGCAGGUCUUUUAUAACAGGCAGAAUGGCGCGCUAUGAGUGGGCGCGAAAACAGUACUCGCUGCUCACUGAGUCUGGUACAAAAUACGUUGGAGGAGGAAGCAGUCUGGAAGCAUUUUGGAGAACUCUUAUCUUGGAUUUGGAUCCUGAGAAACGCAUGCAGCAUCACAGCGCCUUGCCAGCUUCCGGGGCCUAUUUUGAGUCGUACGUGCGCCCAAAUAAGACGUGGGCUCGCGACGAGGCGCUGGCGUCUCUCGAGGAAUACCGACCUGAUCAGCGGCUGAAACUACCGGAGACACAGCCUGAAGUUAUGGAAGCUUGGAAGAGGGAGUCCAGGCUGGAUCCCACCGAGUGUAGUAAGGAUCAAGGGACGGAUAAUGUCUUCCGCUCACUUCGACAAAAAGACUCUCAGUCGCAAGGUUCAAGCAGGCAAGGCUUCAAGUACCGUGAUCUCGUGCUUAAAGCCCAAAAUCUCUACCGGGCAUUCUUUAUGACAGAGAAAGGUUACAUCGGCAUGAGCGCACAAGGGGUGGGAUUAGACGAUUUGGUCGCGUUUAUCCCUGGUGCACGGGUUCCGUUUUUGCUUCGCCGAACAGCAAGCCGCUCGACAUAUUCGCUUGUUGGUGAUUGCUAUAUCCACGGGCUGAUGAACGGGGAGUUUUUGAGAGGUGGCCAUUGGAAUGUGUCACUUAUCAUUUUGAUUUAA